UGCUCCAGCUGGACACUGCAUGGAGACGUAGUCAUGUAUCCGCGAUUCCUAGACCGCAACUAUCCGCUGGAGAAGCACCUGUUCUUUGUGCCCCGUUACUCGUUCGGCCUGCUGGGUCUCCGAUUUGACGGGGCAAAGUCGCAGUCCUGGCUCUCGCUGGCCUGGCUGGUCUUCAACUUUGUGAAUCUGGCCCACUGCUGCCAGGCGGAGUUCGUCUUUGGCUGGCGCCAUCUCUCGAUCAGUCCCGUGGACGCCAUGGAUGCCUUCUGUCCGCUGGCCUGCAGCUCGACGACGCUCUUCAAGCUGGGCUGGAUGUGGUGGCGCCGCCAGGAGGUGUUCGAGCUGAUGGAGCACAUCCGACGGCUUACCGAGCAGCAGGUCGGGCGACGCGAUCCCCGCAGGGAUGGGGCGCAAAGGAGCUACUACCUCUUGGCCACGCGCUUUGGGAUGCUCGUCUUCACCCUGGGCAGCAUCACGACCUGUGCCUUUGUGCUGCGCUCCAUGUGGGAGAUGUGGUCGCAUGGCCUGGCAGACUUUAAGUUCGAUAUGCCCUUCCGCAUGCUGUUCCCCGAUUUUGCCCAUCGCAUGCCUUGGUUCCCACUGUUCUAUUUGUACUCCACCUGGAGCGGACAGGUGACUGUCUACGCCUUUGCCGGCACCGAUGGCUUCUUCUUCGGGUUCACCCUCUAUGUGGCCUUCCUGCUGCAAGCGCUGCGAUUGGAUCUGCAGGAUUCGCUCAAGUCGGUUGACACUCGAGAGAUUUCAGAUGCCCGCCCCAGGGACUGCGAACUGUGCUGUCAGCGGCUGGCCAAUAUCGUGGAUCGGCAUAAUGAGAUUGCAUUGAUUGUGCGCCGCUUCUCUGGCAUUAUGGCAGCACCGACCUUUGUGCACUUUGUGUCUGCCAGCUUAGUGAUAGCCACCAGUGUCAUAGACAUACUCAUGGUGAGUGGCUACAACAUCAUCCGCUAUGUGGUAUACACAUUCACAGUCUCCUCGGCCAUUUUCCUCUACUGCUACGGCGGCACUGAGAUGUCCACUGAGAGUCUCGCCAUGGGCGAGGCGGCCUACAGCAGUGACUGGCACGGCUGGGAUCGUGAGACACGCCGACGGGUCUACUUGAUCAUUCUACGCGCCCAGCGACCCAUCACCGUCGAAGUGCCCUUCUUUGCGCCCUCCCUGCCUGUCUUUACUGCGGUCAUCAAAUUUACGGGCUCCAUUGUGGCGCUGGCCAAUACCAUAAUGUAGAAUUGUAUUCAUAUUUAUUUGGCAAUAGAACGAAUGCGCAUCUGUUGGGUUUGAUUGGAUUUGAUUUGGUUUUUGCUUUGGAUUCCCAAAAGUAUGCAAUUCGCAGACUUCAUUCAU